AUGGCUUCUUAAAAAUUUAUGGAAUUUUUAUCAAGUAAUGAUAAAUUAAGAAUGAAUGAUAUGAAAUUGAUUGAACAAGAAUAAUAUUAUAUAAACUAAUUAAAGGAUUAAAGAGAAAAAGUAAUAAACUAUUAUAUAUCAUAGAUGGAAUUAUUAAAAAUUGAAUUCUUAAAGAAGGAUCAUGUCAUAUUAGAGUUAUAAGGUCAUUUGGAAUAAUUAUAAGAUGAAUGUGAAUAACUAAGAGAAAUUUAUUAAGAACAUGUUCAAAAUUAAGAAAAUGAAUUUUAUAGAUUCAAUAAAUUAUAAGUGGAAAAAGAUAAUUUAAUUAAAGAUAAUGAAGAAUUAAAGGAUGUAAUUUAACAUUUACGAAAUGAAAAUGAAACUUUGAAUGUAUUCAAAAUGAAAUUAUUUCAUAGUCGUUAUAAUUUAAAAAUGAUGAUUAAUAAAGAUAGUUAUAAGAAUAAUUGGUUCUAUUGGCAGAAGAGAAUGCAAGAUUAAAGUAAGAAAUAGCAAAGUUAGAUGAAUUAUUAUUUACAUAUGAACCUUUAAAGGAAGAAAAUGAAAAACUUAAUGAAAAACUAAGAUAUUAUAAACAUGAAAAACACAAAUUAUCAUAAGAAUUAAAAUAAGGAAAACAAGAAAUUAAUAAAUAAAUAGAAGAAUUUAAAUCAGGUUAUGUUAAAGAUUUAAAAAAUGAAAUUUAAAGAUUACAAGAAUAUAAAGAUUAAUAUUAAUCAUUAAAAAUACAAAUUCAAGAUUUAGAAUAGAAAUAUAUAGAAGUUAUUAAUGAAAAUAAUGAUUUAAAACUAGAAAUUAAAUCUUUAUAUGAAAAAGAAGAAAGUGAAAUUAAAAUUAAAUCAGAAAUAGAUAGAGUAAAUUUAUUUUAUUAAAUUAAAGGUAAGAUAAGAUCUUAUGUCAGUAAGAUACUAAGAGACUUUAAAAUUAAAUGAAUUAUUUAAUGGAAUGAUUAGUUUGAGCAGUUUAGCAAACUCUAGAGAUCACUUUAAUUGA